AUGCGUCCGUCAACCUGGUCCUUUGUGCUGAUGGCCGCCGGGUCCUGCGUGGCUCAGGGUGAUCUCGCCGCGCUCCUCGCCUCCCAAGACGACCUCAGCACGCUCCUCGAGCUCGUCGGUCUCGUGGACGGCCUUGCGGACACCCUGUCCUCGGCUACGAACAUCACCAUCCUGGCGCCGACGAACGAAGCCUUCGCCAACGUGCCGCGGGACAUCCCGGAAGGCCAGGCCAUCGAGCUCCGCAACGACACCGUCGCGAUCGGUGCGCUCCUUGCGAACCACGUCUUCCGAGGGGCUUACCCGUCCAGCGUCAUCACCGACGUCCCCACGUUUGCCCAGACUUUGCUGGACGACUCGUACAUCACUGCUCAGCAGCCGUUCUCUAAUUUCACCGGUGGAGCGUACAACGGACUCGUGAGGAACGGGCAGGACGUGUGCAUCCUGUCCGGGGAGCAGACCAUUUCCACCGUCACCGAAGCUGACAUAACUCUGGGUGGCAUCACAAUCCACAAGGUCGACACGGUACUCUCCUUCGGGGCGCCGUUCCAGCUCUUCACCUUCCGAGCGGGCUACCUCGCCAUGAACGCCGCGCUGGAGGCCACCCAACUCAACUUCGCGUUCGGCGAGACCGGGGCCGACGUCCAGGGCCUCAACAUCUCGGACUACACCAUCUUUGUGCCCACGGACGCGGCCUUCCAGUCGAUCGGCUCGGUACUCGAGUCGGCGGACGUCGAGACGCUCCGGGAGGUCCUGCGCUACCACAUCAUCCCCAACAACGUCAUCUUCUCGCCGUCCCUGGGCAACGUCACGGUCCCGACCCUCCAAGGCGCCAACCUGACCUUCACCGUGCUGCCGGACGGUUCCGCCUGGGUGAACAACGCGAGGAUCACGUUCCCAAACACCAUUCUGUACAACGGUGUCGCCCAUGUGAUUGACAGGUUCGUACGCACGACGGGCGGCCGACAUCGUCUCAGAGGAACACCCAUGCUGACCUAG